GUGUCUCGUGGUGGUUAGCUCGGAGCUAAAGCUAAAAACACUGAGUGAAAAUGUGUAAAAGCCGCACUCUGAGAGCUCUGGUGAAGGAGCGGCUGACUGCGGCAGCUGAAGACAUAUUUGCGCUGUUUGAAAGAACGAUAGCGGAGUAUGAGGAGGAACUGUGUCGCUCCAAAGAGGAGAACCAGAGGAACCAGGAGCUGCUGGAGGCUCUGGGGCCAGGAGGCCUCCUCAGGGCGGCUGUCCAGAUGCCCUACCUGAGUCCUCGUCCAGGUCUGAACCAGGAAGUCCAAGAGACUCCACAGAUUAAAGAGGAGCCAGAGGAACAGCUCCUCAAACAGGAGGAGGAGCAGCUGCCGGUGUGUGCCCCUGAGUCCAGUACUGCAUGUGUGAAGACAGAAAAGUCCUCACUGCUUCAACAAAGACAACCUGAACCCAGAGAGGAAACACACGGAGAGGACAUCAGUACAGAGCCACAUUUACACUCAGAGACUGAGGGACACACGGAGCAAUGCUCUUACACUGACAAUGAUGAAGACUGGACAGGUAUUUUCAGCUGUUCAGAUGAUGAAGACCAAUACAACCAAGUCCAAGACCUGUCAGGAAUAGUCGAAGGAGCUGAGGCCAACCAACACCAGUGCUCUGUUUGUAAAAGCACAUUUGGGAGGAAAGACAUUUUACAGAGACACAUGAGAGUUCACCCAGAAACAGCUGAAGAAGCUGAGUGGAGGAAACACCAGUGUCCUGUUUGUAAUAAGAGAUAUGUGUCCAAACAGAAUUUAGAAUCACACUUUAGAAUACACACAGGAGAGCGACCUUACAGCUGUUCAGUUUGUAAUAAAACAUUCAUCAGAGCCUGUAAUUUAUAUGGACACAAAAAAAUACACAACAAAGAAAAAACAUUUAGCUGUUUAAUCUGUAAGAAAAAAUUCUCCCACAAAUAUAGUCUGGAUGCACAUGAAAGAAUACACACAGGGGAAAGACCUUACAGCUGUUCAGUCUGUGAGAAGUCAUUUAAACAACUGUCUGCACUAAAAUACCACAGACUAACACACACAGAUGAGAGACCUUUCAGCUGUUCAGUUUGUCAAAAAGGGUUUAUUCAUAGUGGAGCUCUAAACCGCCAUAUGAUGACACACACAGGAGAAAGACCUUAUAGCUGUUCAGUCUGUGAGAAAACAUUUGCUCGUAAACAUAAUCUAGAUGCACAUAAACGUGCACAUAUAGACAAAGCACAGGCAGCUGUCGACCUGUAAAAAAAACUAAAAACAAAAUGCCCACAUCUUGGAGCAUUUCAAUUCAAGUUUAUUUCUACAGCACAUUUAAAACCACUCCAGCUGACCUAAGUGCUUCACAUAAAAGUAAAAAAUAGAUAAAUAACAAAUAUACAGAUGACGCAAUGCACAGGAAAAGAACAAUAAAACACCUGUAUAUCCUGUGUGAUAUUAAAUGCCAGGGAGAAGAAGUGGGUGCUCAGUCUAGUCUUAAACUGCUCUACAGAGGAGCAUUUGACAGGCGGCGCUAUUACAUAGUAACAGAGUAGUAAAGGCUCUGUCACCACUGGUCUUUGGGCACAGCAGCAGGAGCUAACUUCUGACCUCAGAGCUCUGGGUGGAGUAUAGGACUGCAGUAACUCCCUCAGAUAAAGAGGACCCACAGAGUGCACACGUUCAAAGAGGACCCAUAGAGUGCACACGUUCAAAGAGGACCUACAGAGUGCAUGCGUUUAAAGACAAUAAGAUUUUGAAUAUGACAUGAAACAGUAGCCAGGGCAGAUUCACAGCACAAGCCUCAUGUGCUCUCUGGUUCUAAUUUACCCUUUUUUUCCUCUGUGGAGCAGUUUGUAAAAUGUUCAGCCCAAAGUAGAGGGUCUGAGCACAGUGUUUGCAGUGUGUUAAAGGCGGAGAUCACAUAAUAAAUAUUUGAUUGCAUUG